UUAAUGCUUCCGACCCUCCAACUCCUCUCUCCUUCUCCUCUGAGAGCUCUCUCCUCUAAUAAGCCAGGUCAACCUUCGGGAAGGUCCAAAAGGAGAUCAUCGGAGGGAAAAAGAAACGAGAGAAAGUGGGGGUGGGGGAGAGGAAAAGGAGCAACCUUUUGGCUUCUCUCUCUCCACUUCUCAUCGCUAUCCUUCUCUCUAUUCGUGAUUCGAUCAUUUCGUGUCUCAAUUUUUUUUUUUCUCGUGUUGAGUCCGAGCCGCCCAGGGAGGUGGGUUUCGCGCGGUGGUCGGCUCGCUUCGUCGCACGCUCGAGGGGUAGCGUUGGUGGAUUCAUUGGCCUCGCUUUCUAGUGAAAAGAACGUCUUUUGGUCCGAUUCGCUGGUUUCCCUCACGGAUCCGGCCGCUGGUUUUCCUCGUCCUCUUGGUGUGGGGGAGGCUUAUUAGGGGCGUCCAAGGAGGGAUCGGGUAUUGACAGUUGUUCUUGAUGGGGAAUUGCUGGGGCGCUCGGGUCAAGGCGGAGAGCCCCUCCCACAACGGCUUUGCUUCAGAUAUCAUGUUUGGAUGCCUAGGCAUGAACUCUAAAUGCAGUAGUGGAGAUGGAAAGGGAAGUGGUUCUAGCAGCCGGGUUUCCGCAGCAUCUGUUCCUCCAACCCCUCGUAGUGAGGGUGAGAUCUUGCAGUCAUCAAAUGUGAAGAGCUUUACGUUCAACGAACUGAGAAAUGCCACCAGGAAUUUCCGACCAGACAGUGUGCUUGGAGAGGGAGGAUUUGGUUCAGUCUUUAAGGGAUGGAUUGACGAGCACACUUUUGCAGCGACCAAGCCUGGGACUGGAAUUGUUAUUGCUGUGAAGAAGCUUAACCAGGAAGGCUUUCAGGGUCACAGAGAAUGGUUGGCAGAAGUUAACUACUUGGGCCAGUUGUCUCAUCCUAAUCUUGUAAAGCUUAUAGGGUACUGCUUAGAGGAUGAGCAACGACUUCUUGUCUAUGAGUUUAUGCCUCGGGGGAGCUUGGAAAAUCAUCUUUUUAGGAGGGGUUCACACUUUCAACCUCUCUCUUGGAACCUCCGGAUGAAGCUUGCCCUUGGAGCUGCAAAAGGGCUUGCUUUUCUCCACAGUGACAAGGCAAAAGUUAUUUAUCGCGAUUUUAAAACAUCUAAUGUCCUUCUUGAUUCGAAAUACAAUGCAAAGCUUUCUGAUUUUGGAUUGGCAAAAGAUGGUCCAACUGGUGAUAAAAGUCAUGUUUCUACCAGGGUCAUGGGAACGUAUGGAUAUGCUGCUCCUGAAUAUCUUGCGACAGGUCAUUUGACUCCCAAGAGCGAUGUGUAUAGCUUUGGGGUCGUUCUUCUAGAAAUGUUAUCUGGACGGAGGGCUGUGGACAAGAACCGCCCGCCCGGGGAGCACAAUCUGGUGGAGUGGGCAAGGCCUUAUCUCUCAAACAAGAGAAAGAUCUUCCGCAUCUUGGACACCCGGCUGGGAGGGCAGUACCCGCUGGGAGGAGCCCAGAAGGCUGCUGCUAUUGCAGUUCGGUGCUUAUCCGCAGAAGCUAAGUACAGGCCAAACAUGGAUGAAGUGGUAUCAGCAUUAGAACUGCUCCAGGACGCCAAAGACACUGGGAGAAAUGCUCAGACUGAACGGAAAGCGAGCAGCCAAAUCGUUGGCAGCAACGUUCAGAGGCGUGACCGAAGAGGCUCGGAAGCAGCUGGUAGCAGAAAGGGUGCUUAUCCCAGGCCCUCAGCUUCCCCUCUUUAUGCUUAGUGGCCCAAGCUGAGGGGACACCUGCAACUUAAUUUUCAGGGAAGAGCUUGAUCUUGUACCUAACAUGCUCUCUGUAUCACCUUUUGUUUCUGUACAGCUUUUCUUUGUUUUUGCUCAUCUUUUUUUUGUUUUUUUACUGUAUGGAUUAUGGCCUUUCCCAUAGGCAUGGAUGAGUGCUUUUUAAACCAGAAUUUGAAGAUUCGUGGUUGGCUUGUUGUAGCUUCUUUUUUACUGGAGUUUGGAAGAGGCAA